GCCCCCUGUCUGACGUAUGAAAGCACAGGAAGCGUCUCAUUUUCACAAUGAGGGUUCAGUUAGCGAGCUGAGAGAAGUUUUAUUUAGAAGUGAGGAGAAGCGAGAAAAGAGAAAAGCUUCAUCUGUGUGAUAUUAUAGUUUAUAAAGUACAGGACAAGUAAAGGAAGUGUUUAAAAGUGCUUGAGAGAGAAAGAAAGAGAGGGAGAGUGAGGGAGAGGGAGAGAGAGAGAAGGCCAGAUGUGCAGCUUGUGUGCAGUUUCUUACUUCUCGCGAGUUCUGGCGUGAAAUAACUCACAGAGGAAACUCGCAGGUGAUGGCGCAGGACGGGGUUGUGCAGUACGAGCCGGUGGCGGAGAUCGGGGGCGGAGCUUAUGGGACUGUGUAUAAAGCGCGAGAUAAAGAGAGCGGCAAGUUCGUGGCUCUGAAGAGCGUCAGAGUGCAGACGGAUCAGGAGGGACUUCCUCUGUCCACUGUGAGAGAAGUCGCUCUGCUCAAACGUCUGGAGCAGUUCGACCAUCCCAACAUCGUCAAGCUGAUGGAUGUGUGUGCGAGUUUGAGGACGGAGCAGGAGACGAAGGUGACGUUGGUGUUCGAACACGUGGAUCAGGAUUUGAAGACGUAUUUGGAGAAAGCUCCCCCACCUGGACUGCCCCUUCACCGUGUCAGGGAUCUGAUGCGUCAGUUGCUGUGUGGUUUGUCGUUCCUUCACUCUCACCUGGUUCUCCAUCGGGACCUGAAGCCAGAGAACAUCCUGGUGACAAGUCGCGGUCAGAUUAAACUCGCCGACUUUGGACUGGCUCGAAUAUACAGCUGUACCAUGGCUCUAACACCUGUGGUGGUGACGUUGUGGUACCGUUCUCCGGAGGUUCUGCUUGGUUCUAGUUAUGCCACGCCUGUGGAUCUGUGGAGUACCGGCUGCAUCUUCGCUGAGAUGUUCACACGCAAGCCUCUGUUUUGUGGAGAAUCUGAAGCGGACCAGCUGACCAAGAUCUUCUCUGUGAUUGGUCUGCCGAAUGAGGAGGAGUGGCCUAAUGAUGUCACACUAUCUCGAGAAAACUUCAGUCCUCAGAAUCCUCAGCCAAUCACAGAUCAGAUCCCAGAGUUAACCAAUGAGGGGGCGGAUCUGCUCAUGAAAAUGUUGACCUUUGACCCCCUGAGGCGGAUCUCGGCACUGAAGGCUCUGGAGCACGGGUUCUUCUCUGACCAAUCCGAUAGCCUGUAAAGAAGGGACGACUCGCUGCCGUUAAAGAAAACUCUGGAAUUCUGAUUUUAGUCCAGAGUUUAUUCACUUAUAAAAUAACAUGGACCAAAAACUGACCUUUAACCUGUACAGCAUGGCUAAUGUUUUAUUCUUCUUAUUUCCUUAUUGUACUGAACCCCACUGGGCUGUGGUCAGUAACUCUCAGGGUCUUGACCCGGUCCACACGUGAGGAGCGCCACAGCGUGCACCGCCGUUUCUUCACACCGUCUCUGUGCAUCGAGCAACACUUGAGCUCUGUGCUGCAGGUUCACACUAAACACCGUCAGUGUUAAUAACAUUAACAUCACUCUUCUUCUCAGAUUUUAACAGUCCGGUGUGGCAGGACGUCCGUUCCCUGCAGUGUGCCUCUUACACCGCACCACACCUGUAGCCUUUAAUUUAUGCUUCACGCUAAACCUGAGGCUGUGCUUUAGUUUAGACACCCGGUGCGUCUCAGCUGAUGGACCCGGUUUGGGGUGAAAGGGACAUUUUAUUUUUUACUUUAAGCUGAACUGUUUCUUUUUGUGAUUUUAUUUUAUUUUAUUUUUUUAUUUUUUAACGGUCAGUUAAAUCAUUUCAUACAGAAACACGAGGCACAGCAUCGACGCCAAUGCGACACGUCCGCUACAGAACUAAAUCCAAACUGUGUGAAGCACUAAUCAAUAACUUCACAAUGAUAACAGGUAGAGCUGAUCAGAUCAUUAAUACUUUUCCAGAAGAAUCGCUAUUUUCUUGUAUUUCAGAUUAUUUCUAUUUUUAUAAACCGUUAAUCAGCGGAUAAUAAACUGAACAAAUUUUCCACUUUUAUAACCAAAUCUGUAGCGAUGAGCACCAGGUACAGAAAAUUAAUAAUGUCAUCUCUUCUUUUUUUUCUCUGAAUAUUUUUUAUAUAAAAUAAAUCUAUAAUAAAAAUAAGUUUUAUUAUUAUUAUUAUUAUUAUUAUUAUUAUUGCAGAAUAAUCUCAAGAAAAGAUGCGUGCUAAUAUUAAAUGAUUGUUUUGCUCUAACUGCCUAAACUUUUAUUACACUUCACAUUAAAAUUGGAAAUGUUCUGUGUUGCUGAUUAUUAAAAUAAAAGCCGUUACAGAGC